UUAAUUGUAUUGUGGAUUUUAGCCAGAUCGACAUGCCAUUAAUCUAGAUUCUAGGGAACACCAGUUGUUCCUGUCCCUGUUCAUAACAAGGCUACAACUGAUGCAUGAGUAAACUGAAAUGGUUAGCGUUAGCACCACCUGGAUGUAUGAAACAAAGCAGAUGAGCAAAUGUUAGCAUGUUAUCCUAGCUGGUUUGCCGCUUUCUUAACGACACAGCCAAGCUAAAUAUUAUAAAGCUACCUGACGGUGACUACCAAAAUGUGAAUCGCAAAACACGUGAAGAGAACAGUGAGUGCUUUUAUGCUGCACUACGUCCACAGACGUCUGGUUUUCCUGACGUCAGGAGAAGUCUGGACCCAGCGCUGCGCACAAGCACAGCAACCACUUCGCUGGCAGGGGAAAGUAGAACACAUCACAGCUACAUCGCCAUUUAGCUGUAGCGUGGUGAAUCUGUUCAGCAUUGUAGGAUGCCUCUUGGAGAGGAUGGAAAUGGAUGGAAAAAGAAGACAUGCGACAUCAAAGAGCAUUAUGACUUCAAAGAAGUGCUGGGAACGGGAGCUUUCUCCGAGGUGGUUCUCGCAGAGGAGAAAAGGACCCAGAGGCUAGUCGCCAUCAAAUGCAUCCCCAAGAAAGCAUUGGAAGGCAAGGAGAACAACAUAGAAAAUGAGAUUGCGGUACUACACAGAAUCAAGCACCCCAACAUUGUUUCAUUGGAGGACAUCUUCGAAAGUACAUCUCACCUAUAUCUUGUCAUGCAGCUGGUAUCUGGAGGUGAGCUGUUCGACAGGAUCGUGGAGAAAGGUUUCUACACAGAGAGAGAUGCCAGCCAGCUCAUCCAACAAAUCUUAGAUGCAGUCAAAUAUCUCCAUGAUAUGGGGAUUGUCCACAGAGACUUGAAGCCAGAGAAUUUGCUUUAUUACAGUAUGGACGAAGACUCCAAGAUUAUGAUCAGUGACUUCGGCCUGUCAAAGAUUGAGGGAGCAGACAGUGUCAUGUCAACAGCCUGUGGUACUCCUGGAUAUGUGGCUCCUGAGGUGCUCGCUCAGAAGCCAUACAGUAAAGCAGUGGAUUGCUGGUCCAUAGGAGUUAUUUCUUAUAUUCUGUUAUGUGGAUAUCCUCCGUUUUACGAUGAAAACGAUGCUAAGCUGUUCGAGCAGAUUCUGAGAGCAGAGUAUGAAUUUGACUCUCCGUACUGGGACGACAUCUCAGAUUCAGCCAAAGACUUCAUCUGUCACCUGAUGGAGAAAGACCCUUUGAAGAGAUAUACAUGUGAGCAGGCACUCCAGCAUCCGUGGAUCUGUGGAGACACAGCUCUGGACAAAAAUAUCCAUGAAUCUGUCAGCGCUCAGAUCAAGAAGAACUUUGCCAAAAGUAAAUGGAAGCAAGCGUUUAAUGCCACAGUGGUGGUGCGCCACAUGCGGAGGCUGCAGCUAGGCACUAGUCUCGAGGGACCCAGUCAGAUUACUCCCACCAGUCCCUGCCAUGGACAUCUGCUCCCAGAGGAAGAGGAGGAGGAAGAGGAGGAGGAUUUGGGGAAUGGGGAGGAGGAAAGCUUGUCCCACUAUGAGGACAGCCGUCGAGGUAGCAAUGAGGGCAGCACGGAUCGGGACAGCCUGCGGAGCUGCACCUACUGCUGCAGGCCGGCCAGUCGUGUCUAAAGAUCAGCCUCCUGUUGUCAUUGUGACACUGUAUCCCUGGAGUGCCCAGAGUCCACCCGCCCAGUCUGGCCAGGAUUACAGAGCGGUUAUGAUUCAGCACCCACCACAGUACAUCCACAGCAAGCAGGUCACUCUUACAGUGUGGAGGAACAUGCUGUAAGUUUUAAUGAUGUUGCAGAACGAUGUGCAAAGCUGCUCCAAGUGAACAGAGGAUUUAAACAUUUUUAAAAAGGGGCAUCUCUGCAUGGUUAUCUUGAAAUAAACCCCCUAGCAACUUAACCUUUCGUUAGCCUUCGUGCAGCUGUAACAAACAGUGGUCAUUUGGCAGCGUGUACAUUGCAAGCUGUUUUGGAUGUGAAAAACAAUAACACCAUGAGUAAAGGCAUUUUUGUUCCCAUGUUAUGCAUCACAUCUACCUCUAAUCACAGUAACUGAGUGUUUACAUCCAUCUGGCCCACACACUUUCCAUAACUGGCUCCAAAAAUCUGGCCAGACAGGGCACAAAGAAAAGGGAAACACUUUUUUUUUUACAGCAGCAGUGCUAAAAGCUACUCCUGCAUGUCUUUAUACUCUUUACCCAUCAAUGUGACUGAGUCAAGUAGCUGUUUCGUUAAAACAAGGUGUCUUCACUCCCGACUCCACUUUCCCAUUUGUUCUGUUUGAUCGCAUUUGUCUUAUUUCUCAUAAAGUCACGAUUAAGUGCGUCUGUCCUUUUAUAAAUAUUUAGGGUUUUAUUUAAAGCCUUUUUGGGAAGGCGAUACUUGAAAGCAGAGGGUGAUUCUGGGGGGUUAUGGAUUCUGGUUCAGACUGGGUUUGUGCAGAGUGGUUCUGACCUGGAGUGUCUGCAUGCUUCUGUUGGAAAAAAAUGUAUGAAUAUCAAAAGGAGAUUUUUUUGUUUCAUGGCUGUUCUGUUAUUGGAGGCUCAAACUGAGAUCCCUGUAUGUCUGUAAGUCACAAGAAUCGGACCUUCCUCCAUGGGCGAGGGGAGUUAUUUUGAGUUGUGUCGAGUAUCUACUAUGCGUGGGAAGAACACAACCAUAUUCAUAUUCCACUCAUCCUCCCUGUUAUGUUUCUGAUAAGCGCUGAAACAACCAGCAGCUGUCAGGCUCUCAGUCUGGCUCAGGUCUGGGUGGGAUCUCAGUCUGGGUGCUCGCCCCGCUCCGUGCUGUGCACCUCUAGUGGAAGAAGUUUUGGUCUACUGUUUGCAUGACCUGGUUAAAUAUGCUUACAUGAAUGAUGAUCAAUUAGUAUAAACACACAUGAUUAUUAUUACUCUGUUGUAUUGAAAAAAUUUGUAAUACUGUAAUUUUGAGCUUAUAUAAUGUGAAGUGAGUAACACCAGAAGUAAUGUUGUUGACAAAGUACAACACAGCACAGUGGACUUACCAUUUGCAUUGACAAGCCUCUGCCUGAGUGACAUUCUUCUGUACUGUUUAUUUACAGCUCUUUCUGUUGCUUGCUGCCUCUCAAACAAUUUAUUCCUACCUAAUAUGCAGACACACAGAGAGGAAAAACACUUAUUUAUAUGAAACAGGUGCCAGCCACAGUACAAGACAUAAAAAUAACAGUAAUUGUGCUGGAAGCAUCACCUGUCUGCCAGUGUGCAAGCUCUACAUGCGUCCACCUGAGUAAAAGGACUACAGUGCUAAAGCCAUACAGGGAAAUUUCACAUUUCACCGUAUAGAUUCAGAUAUGUCAUCAUCUUUUAAAUAUCCGACUGAGAUGAUGGGUGGCUACAGUUCUGUAAGAGAUUUAACAAAGAACAGAAGCACCUGCAACAACUAGAUAAACACAUUAAAUCCAGGUUUUAUCAUACCAUGCCUUUGUUAAUUUAAUGUUAUGGCAUAGUUGCCCCACCAUUAGUAAGCUGUAGAGAUAUCCAACCAAAUCAUAACAAUUAGUUGAGUGUGAUUAAAUUUUGUUGCCCACAUUAAACCAACUCCCCUGAUCUGUCGUUGAUCCAUACAGGUCCGUAGUACAGUAAACGAAGGCAAUCACUCGGGAUUACAUGACUGUCAUUGUGGUAAAUAUGCAAACUGUGUGUGAAGGGCUUCAUGUUAACUGUAAGACAGCCAGUGAUAACCUGGCUGUUGUUUGUUUGCUUACCUGAGAUUUGUUUCCACCUGGCUGUGUUUUUUAAAAACCUUAUCUGAGCCUUUUAGCUUGUUUCACCUAUUUAGC